GGCUGUGCAGAGCGCGGGAGGUUUUAGUGUGGCGGGAAGGCGUCCGGUUACCGAUCACAUCGUAGGGGGGGGGAGACCCGGGGGAACAUGGAGCGAGUUCCCGAGCUGUACGUGCAGUGUGACACACGGAGACCGCCUGUCAGGCUUAGCCGGUAAUAUAGACCUUAUUUACUAAUAAUGAUACAUUGCACCGUUACCAUCAGUCAGAUCUCAGCAUGACCUGUCCAUCAUGGGCUAUAAUUACCAGGAAAUAAUUAUAUUUAUAUUGCGAUAUAAUAAUCUAUAUCCCUUUUGUACAGCGCUACGGAAUCUGAUGGCGCUAUAUAAAUAAUAAAAUAAUAAUAUCCCCUCCAUGCACCUGUUACCCCAGUGAUCAGACCUCCUCCCCUUUAAUAGGAUGGUGUCAGCACAGCUUGACAUAAUCUGAAUCUUAUUAUACACUGGGUUAUAAUUAUCAGCAUGCUUUUACCGACAUUCAUACACUGUUAGUAAAUUAUUCUUGUGUACUUUUUAUUCCAUGGUUAGAAUGCACUAACAUUCCAUUUAUUUUUCUUUUUUUUUUUUUUUCUUUUUUUUUGCAUAUGCCUGAUACAUCAACAAAAUUUAAAUAGUAACUACUAGUACGCUUGAAUUUAUAAAUUUGCAGUAAAGGUUUUAUUUGCACUAUAAAUUUAAGUGUGUGUAGAUAAAACUACAUUUAAAAAAUAUAUAUAAUUUUUUUUUUUUUUUUUUUGUAAAGCUGUGUUUAAUUCUCCAUACACAUGUAUGCAAUGCAUAAGGUAUCAAUUCCCAAUAGACACAGGAUAUAUAAUAGGAUACAUUUUUUUUAUGGUAAAAAGAAAGCACCAUCUGCUUACUAAUCUGCAUCAAAAAGCACUUGUCUGUGUGUAUGUCAUAUGGUUUGCGGGUUGAUUUUCAAUUCUGGUUUUGACUGUUUGGCUCUUUGGAAUUAGCUGUAAUGUGUCAAAUUUAGUUCCGCUCACUGCAAAUCUGCUUCAGGUCUCCAGUGCGCCUCUAUGAGGAAUAUCAGAUUGUACAAUCUUGUGCCAGCCUGACUAAUGCUGCUGCCGGAGAUGGAGUUACACCUCAUGCAGCGACAUUAUCUAAUUACGUGCAGCGUUUCACACGGAAGUGCUGUUCAUACAAGGUCUAAACACUGAAGUGGUAAUGGUGCCUUGAGCAUCAGGAGCAAUGUAGGCACUAUAAUCACUUAAGCAUAUUGAAGUACUUAUAGUGACAGGGUACCAUCCCUGCUUCAUUAUAUUUGUCCAGUUUGUCAAAAAGAGCAGCAAGAUGUCAAAUGUAAGUUUUCAGGGAUGUUACCCAUGUGGUUAUGGUGUCUAGAGUGUGUCUUUUAAAGUAACUGAUCAAUUUACAGGAUUAUUUGCUACAGUGAAUGGGGAAUUAAAAGUGAAUUUCAACUUUAAGGCGAUUCAUCUAAUUAAGUAAUCUUCGUCUAAUAUUUUAAAUUCACAUUAAAUACCUGACCAUUCUCACUUUUAGUGAGUAUCCCUGUUUGUGAAUACACCUAAAUAAUUUAUUGGAAUAUUCUCUUUGAAUUGCCCUGAUGAUAACAGUGGUUUUACACUGUAAAUGUCUGUCCUCUCUGAAGUAUUUGCUGAAUUUUUCUUACCCUUGUUCCUUGUACAGAUCACAUCCCUGCUCACAGAAUGCACCCUGUUUUUCGGCCCCUUUGCCAUCACCUCUCCCUUCUCAGUUGUUGGUUUUUGGGAUGGGGGACUGGUCUGGGUUAUCUGCUGAUGGCAAAGUAAUAGUGACUUUGGAAGGAGGAGCCAAAAAGUACACCCUUGGAACACUGUCAGUGGAGUCUAGGUGAGUUUGUGAAUUUUUAAACUCCCACCCCCCUGCAACCUUGAAUGUUGGGAAGUAGAGGAGCUCAUUCUGUUGUUUUUUCUGCAGAUGCUUUAUUUGGGAAUGUGGCCUUACUAAUGAUGCCCACUCUCCAUUUGAGGAGGGAGAAUUACGCAUCCAAAUGGAGAUCCAAGGGCAGGUAAUGUAUAGAUCCUUACUUCUAGUAAAUGUUUGUUCUGAUAAUUAUGGUUUGCCAAUGCAGCGUUUUUGAAUAUUUUUACAUCAUGGUUGUCCUAUGCUUAAGGACCCAUGAUGAAAUAAUUCUCUCAUGCAGCUUUUUACCAGCAGAGACUGUUUCCCAUGUAUCACUUGAUACAAUUAGUGGCCCCACACUGACCGAUGUUCUGUGGACAGAACUCAGAGUGAGCGUUAAACUCAGCCCUUUAAAUUACCAUGGAUGAAGUUCUAUGUUCAGCCAUUGCCCGGUGAUGUCAACACUCAAGUAACUAGAAUAAGAGAAACAGUCCAGGCGCUCAAUGAUGUCUUAAUGUGGCAGAUUUAAGGAAGAUAAUGUUUACAUGUAGCAGCAACAUUUUGACCUACAAAUGAGGUCUUUAUCAAGCUUGAUAAGGACCUUGUUUGUUUGUAGGUCGAAACGUUGCUUUUACUUGUAAAUCCCAGAGCUAUGAUGCUAUCAGAAAAUUUGUGACUACUUGGUGUUUUGUUCUGAAAUUAUGUAUCUCAUUGUACCACUUCCUAAAUGAAGAUUUAAAAAAAAAAAAAGCUAUGACGAAAGAAUGACAAGCACCUUCAAACUAAUUUGGCAAAAGCAUUUAAGAAAAUCAGAAUCAUGGCAGAUUUGCUUGUGAGGCAUUAAAAUGGUCUGCCAGAGUCGUGGGUUAGGUCACCGUAUUAAGAAGGGAAGUUUGAUUGAGGAGUUGAACGACAGAUGGAGCGCAAUAGUCUGUGAGAUUUACCUUUUGAAAAUGAAAGCUGUUUAUCAAUUAGAAGACCUAAUUAAACAAAUGGCAGACUGGAAAAUGGAGCUACCACAAGUUAAAAAGAAAUCUAAAAGGUGCCAACUCCCACUACCCUUAACCCUGCAACUGUAAAUAUUGCAGUUUUCAUAAUUACCUUGCAGGGUUAACUCCUUAACAAGACCUCCCUAUAGGAAAGCAUUGAAAAAUGCUUUCAAUGCUUUCCUAUGGGGAUUUCAGCGACGAUGGAGGUUCUCACAUAGCGUGAGGACAUCCAGCAACGUUAUAGCACACUUUUUAUGUGCUAUAAUCACGUUAGUGCCCUCUAGUGGCUGUCUAUAGAGGGCACUAACGUGAUUAUAGCACAUAAAGUGUGCUAUAACGUUGCUGGAUGUCCUCAUGCUAUGUGAUAACCUCCAUCGUCGCUGAAAUCCCCAUUUGAAAGCAUUUUUCAAUGCUUUCCUAUGGGGAGGUCUUGUGCGCGGCAUUGCCGCGCAUGCGCAUCAGGUCUCCCCCGGCGGUCGCGUGUGCUCAAAAGGGCAUGAGCGGACCUUGACCCAGCGCUGGAUACAGGUAAGUCACUGAAGGGGUUUUAACCACUUCAGCAACCUGGGAUGGAGGUUGGGAGGGAGAGGGGACCUGCAGUGCCAGGAAAACAAUUUGUUUUCCUGGCAUUGGAGAGUCCCUUUAACCCCUUAAGGACCAAACUUCUGGAAUAAAAGGGAAUCCUGUCAUGUCACACAUGUCAUGUGUCGUUAAGGGGGAUAUAGAUUUUUAGCAAAAUGUCAGUUCUCAUUUUAAAGGAAGUUGUUUGAUAGUUUUCUGGAAUGUGAAUAAGGCAUACUCAACACCAACUUCUCCCCUCAGAAGGGUGGAAAAUACACUGGACUGAAGCAGGAACGUGGGAAGAGGAAGAGAAUGCAAGAAGAGCAGGAGAAUGUUUGCCCUAAUAGUGGAAAUUUGAAUGGUACUACCCAGCAAAAGAACACCAACAAGAGUGGUUCAUCCAAAGUCAUUACCUCCGUGAAGGGCACUGCGGGUGAGUGGAGUAUUUCUUAAUGUUUACAAAAACAAGGCAUAACAAAUAAAUAGUGAAUUCAAAGCUCCAUUUACAGACUGGCUUUGUUGGUUGUUUCCUGAGAGAUAAAUAUUUGAUUCACCUUCAGUGUCUGUCCUGUUACUGGUAGAUUGAGUUAUGAUAUGCUUUUAUAGUAUUGAUAUCAUUUGUUUUGUCUGUGUGUAAUUUAUUUUUCCCCCCCUAAUUUCUGUAGCAGGCCCUACAGGAAGAUGGGGCCAUGCCCUCUGUCCCAUUGACUCCAAAACUGUAAUUCUUGUUGGUGGACAGGGUACACGUAUGCAGUUCUGUAAGGACUCCAUGUGGAAGCUUAAUACUGGUGGGUAACCUUGCAUUGAUCUAUAUAUGGACAUUCCUAAUGCUUGAAGUUCUUCAUGUACUCAUGCGAGUAAAUGUUUAUUGGAAGGGAUCUUGAAUGUGAACUUUCAUUAUUAAUGCCUUUUGAAAUCUACUAAUUUAGAAGAAGACACUUGGUCUCCAGCAGAGGCUCUGGCAGAUGGCCCUUCUCCAGAAGCGCGCACAGGUCAUACUGCAGUUUUUGAUCCGGAAAGUCAACGGAUUUAUGUAUUUGGCGGUUCAAAGAAUAAGAAAUGGUUUAAUGACGUUCAUAUCUUGGAUACAGAAACUUGGAAGUGGAGCAGUGUGGAGGUCAGUAGGUCAACAAUGUGACCAUCACGCUUUUCAUUUCUAUUAGCCUUCUGCUUGUGUUUUUCUACUUUUUCAUAUUUCCUUUGCACAUCAUUUAUCUCUUUAAUUCAGGCCCGGGGAAAAGUUCCGCCUCUUUCAUAUCAUAGUUGUUCUUUGUUUCGAGGAGAAAUGUUUGUGUUUGGGGGUGUCUUUCCACGUCCCAACCCAGAACCUGAUGGUUGCAGUGAUUCGCUUUACAUCUUCGAUCCGGAACAUGAAAUUUGGUAUCAACCAAUUAUAUUUGGGGAGAAACCUUCUGCGCGCUCUGGGUAAGUAGCAUGUGAUUAAGACAAAUCUAUACUUAUUUAUUUUAUUUUGUGUCAAGUUUAAGACUUUACAAACAGAAUGGGACAUAAUACAGAGAUGUACAUAUAUUGUUUGUUUAUCAAGUCCCUAACAUUUAACUUUACUUAAUUUUUUUCGCAAACAAGUGAUUGCAAAAAUAGUAAACUAGUUCGACAUGGUGAUUCCUGCUAACAAAUCAUGUAAUAGGUUGGAUUUGCAUUAGUCAGUACUAUAAAACUUACUGAGAUAGCCACUAGAUUGUAAUGCUGCAUAACAGGCUAUAUUUGUAUUAGCACCACUAAAUAUUCUGAAAUUGCCAGUAUAUAGUAAUGCUGCCUAAUAAAACAGAAAUGUGUGUGAAAGUACUUUAAAACUUACUGAGACAGCUACUGAAUUGGAUGCUGCACAACAGGUUAGGUUUGCAUGAGUUAAAGGACCACUAUAGUGCCAGGAAAACAUACUCGUUUUCCUGGCACUAUAGUGCCCUGAGGGUGCCUCCACCCUCAGGGUCCCCCUCCCGCCCGGCUCUGGAAGGGGGAAAGAGGGUAAAACUUACCUUUUUUCCAGCGCUGGGCGGAGAGCUCUCCUCCUCCGAUCCUCCUUCUCCUCCCCGUCGCCUGAAUGCGCACGCGCGGCAAGAGCUGCGCGCGCAUUCAGCCGGUCACAUAGGUAAGCAUUCAUAAUGCUUUCCGAUGGACGCUGGCGUGCUAUCACAGUGAGAAGCACGCAAGCGCCUCUAGUGGCUGUCAAUGAGACAGCCACUAGAGGAAAUAGGGGAAGGCUUAACCCAUUCAUAAACAUAGCCGUUUCUCUGAAACGGCUAUGUUUAUGAAAAAAUGGGUUAACCCUAGCUGGACCUGGCACCCAGACCACUUCAUUAAGCUGAAGUGGUCUGGGUGCCUAGAGUGGUCCUUAGAUUGGGUGCCUUGGAUCAAAAGUUGCCCAGGUGCACUACACAAAGUGAGUGUCUGUGGCCCCGUACAUUUUUCAGUCUUACAUGCUUUUUAAGAUCGUUAAUCUUGACUAACUUGAGGAGCUCCCUCAACCUGCGUCUUGUUUGAUCAGCGGUCAGGCCCGGCCCCCUAUACUUAUUUAUUUUGCCACUUUUUUUUUUUUUUUUUAUUUGGCAUGGCUGCUCAAUGGGCAAUGCAUGUAUAUGUUUAAAGAAACACAUAAUCAAGAAUAUGCAGAAAUAAGCAACAUAUUCUUGUCAAGAUGACGUGACGGCAAGUAUGUUGAAAAAUUCACAAUUACGAAACCGCCUAAGCAUAAUCUAUAAAUUACAUGACUGAACAAUAACUGCUUCACCAAAGAAUGCUAAGGUGGAGGGAAGAGUAAUGUGAAGGUAAAGUAAUAGCCAAGCAGGAAAAAAAUAUUUGAAUGCAAGAAAAGAUAAUUAGGCAUCGUCUUGGCAGUGAUAGAAAUUUCUCUCAAAGAAUGAACCAAACAAUGGAAGUAAUUGAUCUGGUUUCAACCCAUCAUCAUGAAGAAUUUAGGACUGGGGGGGAGGGGGUUAAUUUUUUAAAAUUAUUAUUUAGCCUUGGGUACGAGUGCUACAGAGUCCUUGGCUGCACCCUCAAAGUGAACCUGUUUUGAAAAGAAACACCUGGAAUCGCUCUCACAUACAUUGAAUAUAUCAUAAAGAUGCAGGGUGUAUUUAGUGUAAAAUAUAAAGAUUUACUUCUCCUCUGUUAGCAUUUAACACUUUAAACAACUGAUGUUAACACACACACACCCACCCACCCAUCCAUCCUCUCAUGCUUAAAUAAUUCUAAAUAUCCAGUUGUUUAGCCAAGGUCCAUAUGUGCCAUGGACGCUGCAGUGGUAAGAAACACCAAUUGCUAUACAAGAAAAACGAGAAACCUAGCAGCAGCAUUAUAGAAAAUCACCAUUACGGAGUUUGUAGCCCCACCUUGAAAUAACAGACUUCUACUAUUCUCCCUCAGACAUUCUGCCUGCCUGAUGCGCAGAGAGCUCUAUAUAUUUGGAGGUUGGGACACUCCUGUGUGUUACAAUGACCUUUACCUGCUGGAUCUGGGUGAGUACUGUAUUGUCACACAUGUGUUCAUGCUGUUCAUUAUUUUUGUUUUUCCUGUAGUUACGUUAUAUGAGCACAUAACAUAUGAAGCAAUCCUAGAGGGUCUGAGCCAGCUUGGAGAAGAAAAAAAAAAGUUUCCAUUGCAGUUUGUGUUUUGGAACUUCAUUUAAUCCGAGUUCUCAUUCCUAAAAUCCUUUUCUAUAAAUCCUUAAGCCCUAACUAUAACAAAACAUUUUGUACACCCCACACAAGGAAGGAAGUAUUACUUUGCAAAAUUGCAGAACAUUAAUGCAGUUUGUCCCACAAUAACGGCAGUAUGCAUGCUGCUGGUAUCAUGGGUGUUUUUAUGACUUUUAUUUAUUUGAAGACUUACUUAUGCUACAUCAUUGUGUUGGCAUUCUUUGUUUCUUAAAAGUGUAGGAAAACCAUUGCUCAACAUUUAGACUAUUGGGGCAAUACUGAGUCUGUUAUGACAGUGUCAGUGUAGCAAUCAUUCAGGUAAUAUUCUCUCUAGAACAUAUACGGGACUAUAAUGAGGAACCUGACUGGAAUUUAGUCACUCAGACUCUUCAGAAUACCCUAGAAAUGCUGAUUCCUUAUUGAAAUUAACUAGACUCCUCCAAAAGACAUGGGCAACCUAGUGACAACUCUGUAGUUGUUUUUUUUAUUUAUUUUAUUAAAACUUUUUUUUUUUUUUUUUUUUAAAGCUUAAGAUUACGAAGCAUAAGGAAUUAUUUAUUGUGAGUCAUUGGCAAAGACACUUCUGUUGAUGUACAAUUUUUUUAAAUUUUUAAUCAAACCCAUACAGAGCGAAUAUGAGCAAGUUGCAUGCAUAGUGUUUACUUGGAUAUUAUUUAAAGGUGUUUUAAUGUCAACAACGUAAGUCUCUACUACUUAAAGUGGGUAUAAACACCGUUCUUGUUUAAUACAAAAUUCAGUACAUCUGUAAUACAUUUUGGUCACCCAUGUAGUAUUUUCACAGAUCCUUACAAACACACGGAAAGCUGAACUACACAGUUAUUUGUUCUGGAUAUCAGUGAUGAUGUAUUGUUGUUACGUGUGGUCUUAUUUAGGAGUGAACGUUUUGUUAUGACUAUAACUACCUGUAAAUCGAAAUGCUUCUGAUCUUUCAUUUUAAAACUUUCCAUGAGAGAUGUUCUAGGAUUUAUUUUGCGUAGCAACUGACGUGAUCUGCAGAAAUCAAACCAUUCAAUCCUAAGAUAAAAUGUUAGAAGGUAGUGUACCAAUGAAAGGGUACUGGGAGAGAAAGAUGGUCUAUUAAAGUGCUAAAAGGCUCCACAAUAAAUAUAGGAGUCUAAAGUACAAAUCGAGAAACUAGAACCAAAAAAUAAAUUAUUCAUACGAUAUAAAAAUAGCAAUCACCCUAAGUGCAACACACUAAAAUAAUAGUGAAAACCUAAAGUUAAUAAAAUAAAUGCAGAGCACAAUGGCUCAAUAUAAGAAGCUCUGAAGUCACAAGAUAUAUAAAUCAUAAAGCAAAAGCACACGUCUGUGCUAACAGGGAAGCUAUGUCUAAUGGUACCUAAUAAUAUCUGGGGAGUAUAGAGUUAAUUCUAAUUAAUAAAACAGCAUAGAAUAUAAAGCAUAUGAAUCCUAUGUAUUGCAUAUGUGGGAUACCAGUACUAAUUUAAGAUGGUAACAAGAUAUAUAAUUCCUAGUCCAAAAUGCCUAGGGUGCCAGUAUAAAGAUAGCAGUGGUGAUACUGCUAAUAGCAUUUGAAUACCGCAUACGAUUGACUGUGGAUAAUGGUUAUAGUGCGCAUAAGCUGCUAAUCUAAAAGCAACAAAUGAUUUAUAGAUGUAGGUGCUAUACUGGCAAUCAACUCCGUGCUGGACAUAAGAGAUCAUCUCAUAGUUAAAUGAACGGCAUAAUUAAAUAGAUGAAAACAAAAAAUGAUGAUUGCUGGUUUUUAGCAGUCAUUAGACAUUAUGCCAAGAAAUACAGUUAGAGUUCAGCUAGCGUUGUGUAACUGGAGAUGAUAGAAGUUACAAUGUAUCAGUAAGUCAGUAGUGUAUACUGAAGGUAAUUGUUACAGUAUACACGAACUGUCAAUAUGCGAAUAGCAAUUGAAUAUAAGUGUGCUGUGCUGGCAGUAAGCCUCCUACUAGGAAGCAUAGUUGAUAAAAUUAGAGCAGGGAAAAACUGCUAUCCCAGAAUGGUUCAAAGGUUCUGAUCAAUUAGGGUAAUACAAGCACCAUGUAGCUGAAAUGCAUAGGAAUAAGGCUGUGUUUUCCUAGAUACAAUGAUAAUUAUAUACUGGCUAUUACUCUCGUGCCUACAAGGGCACCUGAAUCUAUCUCUGCUGGAUAAGUCGUGUUGAUUAGACUGAAUCAAAAAUAUAUGCUAUGAUACUGGAAUAACACUAUAAUAUUAAUAUUUUAGUGUGUUGCACUUAGGGUGAUUGCUAUUUUUUUGCAAUUUUUAUAUCUUAUGAAUUCUUUUUUGGUUCUAGUUUCUCGAUUUGUACUUUAGACUCUUAUAUGUAUUGUGGAGCCUUUUAGCACUUUAAUAGACCAUCUUUCUCUCCCAGUACCCUUUCAUUGUUACACUACCUUCUAACAUUUUGUCUAUUUCUACUAGGGGUUACCCCCCUUUCUUUAGUGUACUAUAUUGGGCUGUAGUCAGUGUGUUCUUUGCAUUCAAUCCUAAUGUUUCUAAUUUUGUUCCUGGCACUCUUUGCUCUUUCCAGGGCUCAUGGAGUUCUCUCCUGUUAAAGUCAAUGGAUGUUCUCCCUCUCCCCGCUGGUAAGUUAAAUAAUUCCUUUGUAGUGAUAAAAAAUAAAUGACAUACAGUGUGUACUUAAACCUCACAUAAUACAUCGUCUCAUCCUUUUAUAAAUUCAAUAACUAAAAAUCCAGCCCACUAUUAUUCAAUUGGGUAUACCUACCUACAUUUUGGAGAUCACUCCGAUAUACCUGCAUUUAACCCCUUAAGGAUGCAGCUUCAAAAACUGGACUUACCAUUAAGGACACAAGCAUUUUUUUUGCUGUUUGUGUUCAACCUCCGUUUGCAUUUUUCUUAUUUAUUGCACCAACACAUGUUAUAUAUCGUUUUUUAAAGGACAAAAAGGGAUUUAAUCUGAUGUGACAUACACAUAUAUAAAUUCUUAUUAUUAAAAAAAUGAAAACAAUUGUUUGGUUUUUUUCAUAGGCAAUAACGUGUGUAUAAUAAGUGCAGCUUAAGGAAAGUCAUUUUAAAAAUAUUAAAUUAGUUCUGAUUUUCAGAGUACAUAAUUUCAGCUUAUUUUGAAAUUUACAGGUCACAAAAUACAAGGAGUAAAAAAUUUUUUUAAUGUGGCGCUAUUUUAGAAUUUGGCAUGUUUGUCUUGUAAGCUUAAUAGCCAUCACAGAAAGCAAAAUUGCCGCACAAAAGUAUAUAUUUAUAUAAAUCACACAUCACAGGGUAUUUACCAAAGGGUAUUCUGACACUUUUUAAGUAGCCAUUUCGCCGCCAAUCUCUGCUAAAUAGUGUAGUAAAAUUUUAUUUUUUUCAGAUUUCUAACAUACUCACAUAAAACAAGGAUUUUUAAUGUGUAUUUCAUAAAGCUGAUAUAUACUACUGCUGUAGAAAACCCCAUAUUGUUUUCAGCCAUAUCAACUGAGUAAAAUGAUAUCCCCAAUCUAUGCCUUUGCCACUUUCCUGUGAAGUUACAAAAAGAGACCUGACCAUUUCAGUUUUCACAGUGAUAAUUUUGAUAGAUGAAUUUGAAUGGGGCAAGUCUUAUUUUGGGGCAUUGUAGCAGUUUAACUGUUGAAUUUAUCCCUCAAGGACCUACUAUUGGUGAAAGUAGACACUACAGUGUAUCACAUAUGGUGUAUAUUGUGCCUUAACGUGAUGCCAUUUUUUCACCAGUUUAUGUCAAACUUUGUGGUAAAAUAUAUAUUUUUUCAUUUUUUACAUACACGUUACAUUUUUUGGGGUCGUUUUUCAAGUCUGGUAUGUGCCACUGUGAUCAAAAUCCCAUAAUUAUGCUCGGCAAACUCUUCUGAAUAAAACAAUACCCCCAAUGUAUGUCUUUUCCACUAUCAUGUGAAGCUACAGUGCCUUAAAAGAGUCCUGACCAUUACAGUUUUUACAAUUAGAAUUUUGAUAAAUGGAUUUGAUGUGUCUAUAUCACAUUUUAGGGCAUUGUAGCAGUUUUACAGUUACCCCAAUUACCCCAUAAGUGUAUACCAUUUGUGAAAGUAGACACCACGGGCUAUGUCAUAUGGUAUAUUUUGAGCUUUAUUAUACAGUUAUGUCAGUACCAAUUUCUUUCAAAUUUUAUCAUUUUUAUUUUUGCAUUUUUAUACGCACAUGUUGUAUUUUAGUGGUUAAUUUUGGAAACUUGAUAUAUGCUACUGUAAAUUAAAUCACUAAAUUAUUCUCAGCUAUAUUUCCUGAGUACAAAAUGACCCCCUUUGUACACCUUAGCCAGGUUUUUGUGAAAAAAUACAGGGCUAAAAUCAUAUCCGGCCCAUUACAGUUUUUUUUAAAUGGCAAAUUGACGAAUGGUCAUUGUUUCAUUUUGGGGCAUUUUAGUCGCUCAUAUAUUUAAAUUACGCCACCAAUGCAUACCAUUUACAAAAGUGGACACCAUGGGGACCCUCACAUAAAAUAUUAUAAGCUUUAUUGAAGUGACAUUUUGUUACCAUUUUGUUUCAAAGUUUGUGGUAUUCUUUUUUAUUUUAACAUUUUUACACACACAGAGUAUUUUUGAUUCUUAUUUUUUAAAUCUCGUGUGUCCCACUGUCAUAAAAUUAUCUUAGCUGUACUCAGCAACAUCUUCUCAGUACAAAUAUACCCCAUAUGUAUAUCUUUGGAAAGUAGCGAUCAUAAUCUUAAUCCCAAUCUAAAUCCCUAAUCCUAAACCAAGCCCUAAUUCUAAACCAAAUCCUAAUCCCAAAUCUAACCCUCAAUCUAAUAAUAAACCCUUACCACAAUCCUAACCCAUAACGUAAUCCCAUGUGUAACCCUAAUUAUAACCUUAAUCCUAAUCUCAAUCCUACCUUUAGCAAUAGUGUUAAAAUGAUUCCCCCUGCUGGUGUCAGCAGAGGAAUUCCCUUGCUAUAUUCAGCAAGGGAUGCCCGUGCUGACCCUAAUCCCAUAAUCUGAACUAUAAUCUGAAACAUAAUCCCAAUACUACAAUUAAUUAUAAACCUAAUCUUAAACAUAAACUUAAUAAUAAACCCAAUAAUAAACCUGAUAAUAAAUCUAGUUCUUAUGCUAAACCGAAUAAUAAUCCUUAAUUGUAAUCCUUAAUUUAAUCUUAAUCUCAAAGGUUUCCCUCUACUAAUAUCAGUACUGAUAUUAGUAAAGGGAUUUUAAACUAAAACACAGUGGUAUGUUGCUGCCAUCUACUGGCUAUUUUUAGUAUUGCAGUCUCCCAUCUCUUACAUUGAAGACAUUAUGCCCAAUGCAAUGCGAUCUGUGCUGGGCAACUGAAAAUGCCCAGCACUGAUCAGAAUGGCAUUGGGGCAUAGAGGGUGACCCUCCCCUUUUUCCUCUUGAUCUGCGAGAGUGCAUGCAAUCAUGACUUUUCAAUGCUUCUCAAUAAGAUGUAGUACAGCUCAUUGAGAAGUGGGCAAGGCAGGCACCCCCUAGCCUCUUGGCUCCAAAGUGGAAGAAACCGGGAGGCUGACUAAGUGACCGCAUUGGAGGCAUUGUAGCAUUAAUUUGAGUGUUUAGGGAUCCUGGAAAUGGAGGGGUUGCAGGCCCAGUCAAUAUUGAUAGCUUGGUUUAAUGUCAAGAAAUCUGGUUUCAGUUUUGCUAGUUCUUUCUUUGGUGCUUAACUGCAUGUUUGAAAAAUAACAAUGCUCUCCUCAGUGUUUCACCUCUGUCAUGUAUCAAUAUGCACAAAUAAUUAUCUCUUUGCUUGAGUUAUCUGCUCACUCUGGUUUACUUUAUACUGCCAUUCUUCCAAUAAAGGGACUCUAAAAGCACUAAAACAACUUGAGGUUAAUGUAGCCAUUUUGUCGUAUAGAUCAUACCCCUGUAGUCUCACUGCCCAAUUCUCUGCCAUUCAUUAGUUAAAUUACUUCGUUUAUGGAGCUGUAGUCAUACCUCCCUGCAUGUCACCUAUAGAGCUUUCCUAAACACUUCCUGUAAAGAGAGAUCAAAUGUUUUAACUUAAUUUAUUGCACAUUCUGUUUAAUUUAGAAUUCAUUAUCUCCUGCUCUAUUAAGUCUUUUGUAGCCUCCUGUGUGAUUAAAGUUUCAAUUUACAGAGCAGGUGAUAAAACCUUCUAAAGUACGUUAACAUCUGAUUGAAAACAAAACCCUUUUUUUAUGCAAGCUGUGAGAUUCAAGUGUGGCUUAGAGCUUCAUGGGAGAAACUAAAAUGACUUAACUAAAUGGCAAUAAAUUCAGCAGUGAGAUUGCAGGGACUUGAUCUAUACACAAAAAACUUCAUUAAAGGACCACUAUAGGCACCCAGACCACUUCAGCUUAAUGAAGUGGUCUGGGUGCCAGGUCCAGCUAGGUUUAACCCUUUUUUUCUAUAAAGAUUUUCAGUGAGCAGACGCCAGCGUCCAUAGGAAAGCAUUGAGAAUGCUUUCCUAUGGACUGGGUGAAUGCGCGUGGCUCCUGCCGCGCAUGCAGCCGAUGACGUCGCUAUGGAGGAGGAGAGUCCCCCGCCCGGCGCUGGAGAAAGAGGUAAGUGUAACCCCUUCCUCCCCCUAGAGCCCGGUGGGAGGGGGACCCUGAAGGUGGGGGCACCCUCAGGGCACUAUAGUGCCAGGAAAACCAGUGUUUUCCUGGCACUAUAGUGGUCCUUUAAGAUAGUUAUUUUGAUGCCUAUGGUGUCCCUUUAAUGGUUAAACAGUUUUUAAAAAAAAAAGUAACAAAUUAUAGGAUAAGAGUUCCCAGCAGCUCGUCCCCUCUCUGCUGCUUUGACUCAUAAUGAAGCAUUAACCAAAGCAGCAAUGGAUGUCUGUUUUGGCAGAGACUGUCAGCUGACUGCUUGUAGCCUAUCACAGGCACCAUUAAUGGUUUGAAUCUGUAUGGCUAGAAAGAAGUGUGUAAUCUAUACCUUAGCCUUACCUCCAGUGGGGACCAGGCUACUAUGUAAUUACCAUGAAUAAUUUCCUAUGUCUUUGCUACGGUGUUUGCAGGGUUUAUAAUUCAAUAUGCAAGAAUACAAACCUAGCAUGCAUGUGAAUAAUAUGAAUUCUGUUUUGCUUCCCCCAUCCCCUCCAGUUGGCAUUCUGCUGCACCAGUUUCAGAUACUCACUUUCUUACUCAUGGAGGCUAUGAUGGAAAUCUGGCUCUCAGUGACACCCAUGUGUUCAACACAGGUAAUCCUUGACGAAAGGUUUAACAUCAAAUUGGUGCUGCCCUCUGGCCAAACUUUGCAUAUAUUAAAGUGUUCCUCUACAGUAUGUAUAUUGACUUGAUUUACUUUAAAAAAAAAAAAAAAAAUUUAUUCUUUAUUUUUCGUGCUUGAUAGCAACAAUUAGUAAAGCAAACAUGGUAAUUUCUAGGUAAUAACAUAUGAUUGAAUUGUAAAAGCAAGACUUACAUUUGUCAGACAUGUUGGUAAAUUCAGGUUAGUUACAAACCUGGGUGAAGCCAAAGAAAUAUCUUGUAAAAGGGUAUCAAUUCUCCCAGGGUACUACAGGCUAGAGUGGAAUAUUGUUUCGGUGAGGGUGGGUGUGAACGCGUGAGGUAAGUUAUGUGGCUCACAGAAAUAUUUUGUGGUUGUGGUGAAGUUAGUCCCAACGCUUUCAUGAUGGCAGACGCCCCCCGACAUCUGCUGUGAGGGAGUAAGUAGUCUCCUAGCGGGUGGGCCAGAAGAUAACCGGUGUGCCCUCAUCUGUAGGGUAUUCCAGCUUGUCUCAGUGAUGUCGUCACCAGUCCGAAGGAUUUGUGCUGGAGCAGGGUAGCUCUGGUGAGGUCCUGAAAGAAUAGCAGCUGAGAGUUCUCAAACGUCAAGGGUGUCUAGCCCUUCAGGGACAUCAUGAUUUGGAUCUUGUAAUUCACGGUCACAUAGCUUAUUAGAACAUCCCUCGCCACUGCAGUUUGAGUGCGUUCGGUGCCAGUGACACUGUAUAUUCCGUACACACUUAUUUUCUUGGCUGUUGGUGGAGGGUAUCCCCCAUAGUUUGAUAUGCGUUCUGCGUUGUCUGUCCUCCAUGGACAUUAUUUGGGCGGCCAGCACGUGUUUGAAGGCGCAGCACCGAGUCCUGGAGGGUAGCCACAUUAGUUUGGACUUCUGUCAUAGUGUACAUACUUGUAUAUCUUUUUUGACCAUGGCAACGUCAGCUGCCAGUAAUUUUUGUAUAUCCGCUAGGAUGAUCUUUAGAUUACGUUUAGUUGUUGUGGCUAAGUCAUCGGGGGACCUUGCAUGUAAGGCUGGGUCAGAUUGGGGAGUCUUUGAGGUGCUGGGCUCCUGAUUAUCCGGCCCCUGUGCUGUAGUGGGAGCUCUGCCCUUUGAGUCCCUGUUUGCACCGGCUUUUUUAACAUUUCCCUGAUAUCCCUACCAGGUGUGGUGGUCGUGGCUUUGUGUGCGCCUCUGCUCAUGUUCUGUGCUUCUGAGGGGGGUGUUAGGCUGGUAUUGCUCAGUCGCACUGUGCGCCUCCCCCAGUCCGCCGAGCAGGGCUUUGAGGCCUAUGAGUGGUGAUGUGUGGUAGGCCGCAACUUUCCUCCGUCGUCCGGGCUGCUUCAGAGCCUGAAAGAAAGGCAUCAAACGGCUCCUUGAGCUUUCCGCAGGUGCAGUUUUUCAGGCUAAAUUGGGUGCAGGUUACGGAGCUAUUCAGUUAGUCUUUAUGUUUUUUGUUUGUUUUUGUUUUUUGUUUUUCAUUCCUUGAACAGUGACCGUUUAAGUAAAUAACACUUGUGUGCAUGCAGAAAACCUUAGUAAUGGUAAUUUGAAGCUUAAAUGGAUUUCAGGGAGGACAGUGCAGCUAUCAAUGAUAGUUGUAUUCAACAGCAGUUUCUAUGGGUUUUGUGUUGGGGAGGGGAGGAGGAGGUGGGUUAUUUUAAUAUUUUGUUUUUAUUUUUCCCUCUCUCCUCAAGUCACAAAGACAUGGACGUCCUUGGUUCACAAUUCCUUGCCUCGUUUACCACGUGCUGGACAUUCCAUGCUACCACUUCCCAGGGCAAAAGAAGACAAAAAUUCGAAGGGAACACCACAGGACCUUCUAAUAUUUGGAGGAGGAGACAACGAGGGACAUUUUUACAGUGAUACUGUGAGGCUACAUCUUGCAGACCUUCUUGUUCUGUAGAUCCUUGCAGUGAGGAUAAAGGAACACUAUAGUCGCCUAAAUUACUUUAGCUAAAUAAAGCAGUUUUAGUGUAUAGAUCAUUCCCCUGCAAUUUCACUGCUCAAUUCACUGUCAUUUAGGAGUUAAAUCACUUUGUUUCUGUUUAUGCAGCCCUAGCCACACCUCCCCUGGCUAUGAUUGACAGAGCCUGCAUGAAAAAAAAACUGGUUUCACUUUCAAACAGAUGUAAUUUACCUUAAAUAAUUGUAUCUCAAUCUCUAAAUUGAACUUUAAUCACAUACAGGAGGCUCUUGCAGGGUCUAGCAAGCUAUUAACAUAGCAGGGGAUAAGAAAAUCUUAAUUAAACAGAACUUGCAAUAAAGAAAGCCUAAAUAGGGCUCUCUUUACAGGAAGUGUUUAUGGAAGGCUGUGCAAGUCACAUGCAGGGAGGUGUGACUAGGGUUCAUAAACAAAGGGAUUUAACUCCUAAAUGGCAGAGGAUUGAGCAGUGAGGCUGCAGAGGCAUGUUCUAUACACCAAAACUGCUUCAUUAAGCUAAAGUUGUUCAGGUGACUAUAGUGUCCCUUUAAAAGAAAACACCAUUGUAGAAUAAAAAAAAAGUAAUGAUUGUUUCUUUUUCUGUUUUUGUUGUUUUUGGCUUUUGUAUAUGACAAUUUCUGAUUUUUAUGGUGCUUGUACAUAGUUCACAUAUUAAAUACUCAAUCUUCUUUAUA